AUGCCCCGGAUUGACACAGUGGCGAUUAUCGGCGCCGGUCCUUCAGGGCUAGCUCUUGCUCUGGCUUUGCACAAGCAAUCCAUUGCCUGCACCCUCUACGAGGCUCGCGCAUCCGCCCUCGACAUUGGCGGCGCUAUGAUGCUGUGUCCCAACGGACUGAGGAUCCUCGACUCUCUGGGCGUGUACAGCCGCAUCCGACCAGAAGGCUAUGAGUUUGAUAAGCUCUACUUCCGCUCCCCGGACGACCAGCCCAUGGACACAUAUGAGUUUGGUGGGGUGGAACAAUACGGCUACCGCGCCAUGUGCAUUUACCGUCAUGUUCUGAUUCGGGAACUCUCUGCUAUGGUUCGCGAAGCGGGCAUCCCCAUUGAGUAUCAUAAGAAAUUCGUGCGGGUGCUUGCAGAGACAGAGAAGGACAUUACCUGGGAAUUUAGUGACGGCUCCACAGCAACAGCAACCUGCGUGGUGGGCGCUGAUGGCAUCCACUCCAGAGUCCGCCAUUACCUCUAUCCCGGCCUCGAGCCAUCCUUUACGAAGAUGGUCAUCGUGGCGGCCGCAGUACCAACAAGCCAGCUACAGGUCCCGAGCAGCUACAACCUCCCAGUGACAAUCCUGAAUCAACAGCAUGGGGCAGUCUUCAUCGCGCCGCAGCUGGGAGACGGCUCCGAGGUGAUGGUUGGCCGGCAGAAGCGCUCAGAGCAGCUGACCCGAGAGGGGUGGGAUGAGCUUCUGAAUAAUAAUAAGGAAUGGUGCAUGGAUUUCCUCCGCCAGGGUUCAGACGACUUCCCGGAGAUCGUCCAGCGCGCUGUGUCGAACAUAACACCCGAGAAGAUCUUUUUAUGGCCGCUCUUCAUUGUUCCUAAGCUUGGAACGUGGACAUCCAGACAUGGCCGCGUGGUAAUUGUGGGUGAUGCCGCGCAUGCGAUUCCCCCGGCUGCUGGCCAGGGUGUCAAUCAGGCGUUUGAGGAUGUUUUUACGUAUUCGUUGAUGCUUGGACGGUCUGACAAGGAUGCUCUUGCGCGAUCACUGAAGGUUUGGCAGACAAGACGACAAGAGCGGAUAGAUAAGGUGCUUGCACUCAACACGUAUAUGGAGAGACGGAGGGUGCCGAGUUUGGAGGAAGAAAAGGACGCCGAGGACGCGCCCCUGGACUUCGCCUCGUUGUACAAGCCGGAUUUCGUAGAAAUAGUGGACACGUGGCUCUCUAAGCACACCUCCUGCUGA